GAGCAGGUGAAGGUCUUCUCUUCUAUUUGACUCACUUGCUGCUGUUGUUUUUCGUGAUCGUCGAUAGAUCAAAAACGCUAAUUAAAACGUCAAAAUCCGAUCGAAAGCGUCCCUGUCCAGAACCAACCCCUCGAAGAAGGUACGAUCUACAAGAAGCUUGGCGCCCUUCGCUUUCACUGGAGACUCAGAUUUGGAAAAAUCAAUCUCCCCCAGACCUCGUUCCCAGAGCGACUUGCUGUCCUUCAUCUACCACACAUACGUAUCGGUAGAUCGAUUUUUUUUUAUUUACAUCUUUAAGUCCGUCGCUCGAUAAUUCGUGAUCCCCUCACAUCGGCCACUACUACUCUCACAACCUUCUUGUUGACAUUCGGAGUGUUGUUGUUCCGCUCAUUUUGCGCAAAGUGAUAGAUAGCCAACAUGGUGAAAGAUACGAAACUCUAUGAUGUUCUAGGGGUUCCCCCUACGGCUACUGAGGCCCAGCUGAAAACUGCAUACAAGAAGGGUGCACUAAAAUAUCAUCCUGACAAGAAUGCAUCGAAUCCUGAAGCCGCCGACAAAUUCAAAGAACUUUCACAUGCAUAUGAGAUUCUCUCCGAUCAACAAAAACGUCAGGUCUACGAUCAAUAUGGUGAAGAAGGCUUGGAAGGCGGUGGUGGUGCCGGAAUGAAUGCCGAGGAUCUUUUCGCUCAAUUCUUCGGUGGCGGAGGUGCUUUUGGCGGCAUGUUUGGUGGUGGUAUGCGCGAAUCUGGCCCAAAGAAAGCACGAACAAUCAACCACGUUCACAAAGUCAGCUUGGAGGAUAUUUACCGAGGAAAAGUGUCCAAGCUCGCUUUACAAAAGUCUGUUAUUUGCCCUGGUUGUGAUGGCCGUGGUGGAAAGGAAGGUGCCGUUCGUCAAUGUACUGGCUGCAACGGUACUGGUAUGAAGACUAUGAUGCGUCAGAUGGGUCCUAUGAUUCAGCGAUUCCAGACUGUCUGUCCCGAUUGUCAGGGUGAAGGGGAGAUGAUCCGCGAAAAGGACCGCUGCAAGAAGUGUAAUGGCAAGAAGACUAUUGUCGAGCGCAAGGUGCUCCAUGUGCAUGUUGAUAAGGGUGUGAAGAACGGCCACAAGAUUGAAUUCCGGGGCGAAGGUGACCAGAUGCCUGGUGUUCUUCCUGGUGAUGUUGUUUUUGAGAUUGAGCAGAAGCCUCACCCUCGGUUCCAACGCCGGGAUGACGACCUCUUCUAUCAUGCAGAAAUCGACCUUCUCACUGCUUUGGCCGGGGGUACAAUCAACAUUGAGCAUUUGGAUGAUAGGUGGCUGUCUGUCAAUAUUGCGCCUGGCGAGCCUAUCACACCUGGUAUGUUCACAUAUUCCGAAUUAUAUACGCUGAAUCAGACUAAUUUUCUCUGUAGGUGCCAUCAAAGUCAUCAAGGGCCAGGGUAUGCCUUCGUUCCGUCACCACGAUUUCGGUAACUUGUACAUCCAAUUCGACGUCAAGUUCCCACAAGCCUCCGAGUUACAGAACGUUCAUCUCCUUGAACAAGUCCUGCCACCACGUCAACAACAGGUGCAACCGCCACCAGACUCGAUGGUUGAGGACUUUGGUUUAGAAGAUGUUGAUCCUAGCCAGAACGCACGAGCACAUGGAGCCGCUUAUGAGGAUGAAGAUGAAGACGGUGUUCCUCAGGGAGCUGAGCGCGUGCAGUGUGCUUCUCAGUAAAGAAGAGAAAGAGAGAGAGAGAGAGAUGUCUCGGCUUUGAACCAUGUUGUCGGUACCCGUCCUGCGAUGCAGGUGCAUGACUCGUUUCUCUUUACUUCUCUUGAAAGUGACUUAGGAAUUGGGAAAGAAGCUAUUGAAACCUGUGUUGUGUUGACGCGGCAACAACAAAAUUUGCGAUUAUGUCAUGUGGGCGGUGCGGUGCCGUGCAUUUUUGUUUACAUGGCUGGCAUCUUGUCAUGUGGAAGGCGAAGCAGCGAUCUUUCUCGAAGUUUCAGCUCAAAUCGGAAGUAGUCGGGCGGCAAGGACAGUCUCAGCCUUGAGGAUUGUUUCACUCCGUUUCACCUCGUCUCGUCUCGUCUCGUCUCAUCUCACCUUUCCUUUCCUUCUCUCUACCUUAAUGUUCGGGAUGGAAGAUGAGAGUUCGAGAACUCUCGGUCUCCCUGUUAUGUUGAAUCAUGCCGGUCACGGGUUUUGCUCUUGAUGAACUUUGUCCCUUCCUGUUUUUCUCUCUACUACCUCUUUUGCACUAUUACUAGUAUCAUAGGCGUCUGCAUCCUUGUCUUCUUAUCCUAUUAGAAUGCAUGGCUUUGGGUAUUUCUUUUUCAAGCUCGGUUGCAGUUCCUACUUCUGUAAAAGAGUUCGUAGUCUGCCCGUUUUCCACGGGGAUGGCCGUAUCGCUAUCGUUAACUGAGCCAU